AGAAUAUUUAACUGUAAGAUAAAUAUAUAAGUGUUAGAUAAAUAUACAUUACUUUAUUUAUUUCAAUCCUGCCUUUUAUACAGGAGUUCAAGGAGCAUACAUCAUGCUUUCUGUUCAAAUGAAAGGCGAAAUGAAUAUACCUGCUAGAACACAAACAUUAUUAGUUCUAAACAGAAGAAAGCUUGCGCACAUUAGAGGAUUCCCACUUUAUUUGUAGGUAAUUCUAUAAUAUAAUCUAAAGUACAAAAUAAAAUACAUACUAUGCAGAAAUAAACCAUAAUGUAGAUUUUCUAUUAAAAAAAGUAAACAUGCUUGACAAUGGACUUACCCAUUUUUGUUUAGUAAUUCUGGAAGGGACCCUACAUAACAAAAAGCACUUAUAGCUUUUUGUAUAAUGUGUACCUAACCACAGUUGUUCAAUAUUUUAAUUAGGACAAAUAAAAUUGACACAGAAAAGUGUGCAAGCUUUCAAGUUCCAAGAGUAUUAUGUUAGAUAAAAGGAUUAGAAACAAAGGGGAAGGGAGGAAAAUUCUGAGCCAUGUAUGAACUGGAUUACGUUGUUUGAUGGGGAGAUUUCAAACAAAUUGGCUUUAACCGAGACACAGUAAUCUCAGGCUAAAGGGUUUUUCAGGGGUUGCUGGACAGGAUUUAUCAAGUGAAAAAAGAAAAAAAUCCAGGACAGGGGUGUUAAUCUGCAGCAAUGUAAAUCAUUCCAUCUAAUAACCUUGCAAAUUCGAACUACAAGUCCCAUGUUUCCCCGUCCCCGCCGAUUGAGAAUUAUGACCGUUGUAGUCCAACACAUCCGGAGGUCGCCAGUUUGAGAAAGCCUGGAGAGGCACAUGACGUUGUAAUGAAGAUAAGGGAGGCUAGCCGCUCUUGACCUCCCCACUCCUUGAGAAGGCGCAAGGAAGCAGCCGCUUUCCUCUGCCCGGGAGAAAAAUGGCGGCCACGAGGGGAGGCGCUUUCUCCUUCUGAAACAGCCAGUCCGCUGCCCUUCUCAAAGAUGGCGGACGUGACACGUCAAAGGGCGGACAAGGCGGCCGGUUCCGGGUGACAGGCGGCGGGGUGAGAAAUAGCCGCGAUGGCGACGACGGCAGCUGAAGCGGCAGCUCUGGACGCCCUGAAGCGAGGCGGUGCGGCGGCAGUCGAGUCCCUCUUCGAGAAGCAUACGACGGCCGAGCUAAGAGCCGUGGAGCGGAAGCUGCGCGCGGGCAUCGAGGGGAAGCGCGAGGAGCUGCGGCAGAUGGUCGGGGAGCGGUACCGGGAUCUCAUCGAGGCGGCCGAUACCAUCGCCGAGAUGCGCGUGAGCGCCGAGCACCUGCUCGAGGCCGUGCGAGGACUUCAGCAGCGACGGGCGCGCGGACGGGCCGUCGGCCCUGCGGCAAACAGCCAGAGCGAGACCGGGCGCGAGACAACAUGCCAGUCCCAGGAGAAGUUCUACUGCUUGGCAGCGCAAAUCCAGCUUCUGCUGCAGAUUCCAGAGAAAAUCUGGAGUGCUAUGGAAUCCUCUCAGUAUUUAUCUGCCACACGGCUCUACUUGUUAUGCUGCCACCUCCAUGGCCUUCUGCAGUUGGAUUCCUCUGGCACCCACUACAGCCCAAUUCUGGCACGUUUCCCUAUCCUUGCACGGCAGGUAGCGGCAGCUAGCCACUUCCGGUCAGCAAUCUUGCAGGAGAGCAAAUCACUUUUAAAAUGCCGGACUGUUUCGGACCAUGCAGUAGCAGAAGCUUUGUGCUCAGCCAUGCUUCUUGAAGAUAGUUCACCACGCCAGGCUCUUGCAGAUUUCCUGCUGGCCAGAAAAUCUGCAAUUCAGCAACUUCUGAAUCAGCCCCAUCACGAUGCAGGCAUCAAAGCACAAGUUUGCUCCUUGGUGGAGCUCCUAGUCACAACCGUGUAUCAAGCUCAUGCCCUCUUCUAUAACCUGCCAGAGGGAACACCCUCAGAUCCAUCUCUUCCCUGUGGCUUGCUUUUCUUGACCUUGGAGACCAUCACCAACCAGCAUGGUUCACCAGCAGGGAAAGGGCUCAGCGUUUUGAAGGAAGAAACCAAGUUAAGUAGCUCCUUCCAAUACUUGCCACCUUCUGUCACAGAAUUCCAGCCAACACUCAGAACUUUGGCACGCCCCAUAAGCCAGGAUUGCCUUAGAGAUACACUUCAGAAAUGGAUCAGCAUGUGCAAUGAAGACAUUAAAUCUGGGAUCACAGACUUACUGGUGUAUGUGAAAAGCCUUAAAGGUUUGGCCAGGAUCCGGGAUGCCGUAUGGGAGUUGCUUACCAGUGAGUCCAUUAGUCAGAACUGGGAGACAGUAUGUCACCGGCUUCUUGAUAAGCCCAUCUCUUUCUGGGAGGAUCUGCUACACCAGCUUUUUUUGGACAGGUUACAGACUCUGACCAAGGAAGGAUUCGAUGACAUCUCCAACAGCUCCAGAGAACUGCUUCUUCUGACUGUACAGGAGCUUGAAGCAAAAUUUGACUCUUCUGCCCACAGCAAACAUACCCUAUUUGAAUGUAGCAUGGCCUCUUUCCUAUGGUCAGAGAAUCCUAAUGACUUGCCACCUGAUUCUGCCUGGAUCAGUGUGGCAAACCGCAGUCAGUUCACUAAGAGUGGAUUGUCUAUGAAAGCUCAAGCAUACAGUCCUAGUGUCCAGAGCUUCUGCAGUGCACUGGAUUCCAAGCUUAAGGCCAGGCUGGAAGACCUGUUGUCUUACUUGCCUUCCAGCUCCUCUACAUCUGAGGAUACAUUGCACGGACACUCCAAGAACUCUGCUUUUGACAGAUUUGCUGAUGCGAGCAUAGUGGAGGAGCUGUUGCGCAGCCACUGCAUUAAUUGUUCAGAUUAUUUGCUGGGCUGUGUUAGGGAAAAGCUGUACCAUGCUCAGGAGGUGCUCCAAGGAUGCACAGACAGCUUGCAUAACCCCCAAAUCAACACUGUUUUGUUUAUGGCACGACUUUGCCGGGCGUUAGGGGAGUUGUGUCCACAUUUAAAGCAAUGCAUUCUGGGAAAAUCAGGAUGUCCAGAAAAUACUACCAGGGAGGUCUGGUCCUUGAAGAAGAUGGGGAAAGGGAGAACAGAAGAAAUGAAUCCCAUACAGGCUAAGUGGCAAGGAUUAAAAGAACAACUACUGCAGGAUAGCCUCUCAGCUUAUCGGAUAUGGAGCUCUGCUGCUGCUAAAAUCCAUGUUCAGAAUUUCAUACAGUUGUUGCUGAAAGAGGAAGCUGAGGCUAUUCUCGCAACAGCCACCAACUGGGAGGAGAGUGAAAUUGAAGAGGAAACAGAAACCGGAAGCAGUAUAAAAUCUAAGAUACGGCUCCCGGUCCAGCCAUCCUGGUGUGUCCAGUCUUUCCUCUUCAGCUUGUGUCAAGAAGUAAAUCGAGUUGGAGGCCACACUCUUCCCAAGGUCAUCUUGCAAGAACUGCUGAAGGCUUGUAUGACUGAAGUACUAGCUGGCUAUGAAAAAUUAUCAGAAGGGAAACGGGAGAAGAAAGAAGGGAAGCUACCAAUUACUCAGAACAGGGCUUUGCAACUGCUGUAUGAUCUUCGGUAUCUUAAUAUAGUCCUGACAACUAAAAAUGAAGAUAUGAAAAGCAGCAGAAACAAGCAUGAUGCAAGGAUUGAGAAACAGAUUGAUGCUCUUGAGAGCUAUAUAGAUCCCUUCGAUUUGGAUGUCUUUACUCCUCACUUAAAUAGCAACCUUAAUCAUCUGGUACAACGAACCUCUGUCCUGUUUGGCUUAUUGACAGGAACAGAGAAUCAGUAUACUAGCAGAAGCAGUGCUUUAACUUCUCAAAAACUACAUAACAUCCUACCUCUAACAUCUAGUCAGAUCCGAUUUGGACUGCUGCCUCUCAGCACAUCAAGUUCUCACAAGGCUAAACCUGUUCUGAGAAAUACUGAACACGAAGCUCAGGCUCCAACUGCUGCCCUGAUGAGAACAGAAGAGACACUGCGUCCUGGGUCCCUGUUCAGGCAACUUGCAGCAGAGGAGGAGGACACAGCAGCACCAUCUUUGUUUAAACUUGGCUGGCUCUCAAGCAUGACCAAAUGAUUGAAUAAAUGUGAACUAUG